UGUUGUCAUCGGCGGAGCGACGGCCGGAGGCGGCGGCGUAGGCCCCGGCGGGGCGUUUGGUUUCGGUUUGGCCCUGUCUGGAAUUAGUGUUGACUGUCGAAAUGGGAGUCCCCAAGUUUUACCGAUGGAUUUCGGAGCGGUAUCCCUGCCUCAGCGAAGUGGUGAAAGAGCAUCAGAUUCCUGAAUUUGAUAACUUAUACCUGGAUAUGAAUGGAAUUAUACAUCAAUGCUCGCAUCCUAAUGAUGAUGAUGUUCACUUCAGAAUAUCAGAUGAUAAAAUCUUCAGUGACAUAUUUCACUACUUGGAGGUGUUGUUUCGCAUUAUUAAACCUAGGAAAGUGUUCUUCAUGGCUGUUGAUGGUGUGGCUCCUCGAGCAAAAAUGAACCAGCAGCGUGGGAGGCGUUUUAGGUCAGCCAAGGAGGCAGAAGACAAAAUUAAAAAGGCAAUAGAAAAGGGAGAAACUCUUCCUACAGAGGCCAGAUUUGAUUCCAACUGUAUUACACCAGGGACAGAAUUCAUGGCUAGGUUACAUGAACAUCUGAAAUAUUUUGUAAAUAUGAAAAUUUCCACAGACAAGUCAUGGCAAGGAGUUACCAUCUACUUCUCAGGCCAUGAGACACCCGGAGAAGGAGAGCAUAAAAUCAUGGAAUUUAUCAGAUCCGAGAAAGCAAAACCAGAUCAUGAUCCAAACACCAGACACUGUCUCUAUGGCUUAGAUGCUGACUUGAUCAUGCUUGGAUUAACAAGUCACGAAGCACAUUUUUCUCUCUUAAGAGAAGAAGUUCGAUUUGGUGGCAAAAAAACCCAAAGGGUGUGUGCACCAGAAGAAACUACAUUUCACCUUUUACACUUAUCUUUAAUGAGAGAAUAUAUUGACUAUGAGUUUUCAGUGUUAAAAGAAAAGAUCACAUUUAAAUAUGAUAUAGAAAGAAUUAUAGAUGAUUGGAUUUUGAUGGGAUUUCUUGUUGGCAAUGAUUUUAUCCCUCAUCUACCUCAUUUACACAUUAAUCAUGAUGCACUGCCUCUUCUUUAUGGAACAUAUAUUACCAUCCUGCCAGAACUUGGGGGUUAUAUUAAUGAAAGUGGGCAUCUCAACUUACCUCGAUUUGAGAAAUACCUUGUGAAACUAUCAGAUUUUGAUCGGGAGCACUUCAGUGAAGUUUUUGUGGACCUGAAGUGGUUUGAAAGCAAAGUUGGUAACAAGUACCUCAACGAAGCAGCGGGUGUUGCAGCAGAAGAAGCCAAGAAUUAUAAAGAAAAGAAAAAAUCAAAGGGUCAGGAAAAUUCUGUAUGUUGGGCUGCUUUAGACAAAAAUGAAGGUGAAGUGGUAGCUUCUAAGGAUAACUUAGAAGAGGAGACUGAAGAUGAUGAUCUAUUUGAAACUGAGUUUAGACAAUAUAAAAGAACAUAUUACAUGACGAAGAUGGGGGUUGAUGUAGUCUCUGAUGAUUUUCUGGCUGAUCAAGCUGCAUGCUAUGUUCAGGCAAUACAGUGGAUUUUGCACUAUUACUACCAUGGUGUUCAGUCCUGGAGCUGGUAUUAUCCUUAUCAUUAUGCACCUUUCCUGUCAGACAUCCGCAACAUCAGUACACUCCAAAUCCAUUUUGAACUAGGAAAACCGUUUAAACCAUUUGAGCAGCUUCUUGCUGUACUUCCAGCAGCUAGCAAAAAUUUACUUCCUGCAUGCUAUCAGCAUUUGAUGACCAGUGAAGACUCUCCAAUUAUAGAAUAUUAUCCACCUGAUUUUAAAACUGAUCUAAAUGGAAAGCAACAGGAAUGGGAAGCUGUGGUAUUAAUACCUUUUAUCGAUGAGAAGCGAUUGUUGGAAGCCAUGGAGACAUGUAACCACUCCCUCAAAAAGGAAGAGAGGAAAAGAAACCAACAUAGUGAGUGUCUAAUGUGCUGGUAUGAUAGAGACACAGAGUUUACCUACCCUUCUCCAUGGCCAGAAAAGUUCCCUGCCAUAGAACGAUGUUGUACAAGGUACAAAAUAAUAUCAUUAGAUGCUUGGCGUGUGGACAUAAAUAAGAACAAAAUAACAAGGGUUGACCAGAAGGCGUUAUAUUUCUGUGGAUUCCCUACUCUGAAACACAUCAAACAUAAAUUUUUUUUGAAAAAAAGUGGUGUUCAAGUAUUCCAGCAAAGCAGUCGUGGAGAAAACAUGAUGUUGGAAAUCUUAGUGAAUAUAGAAUCAGAUGAACUUAGUGUAGAAAAUAUAGCUUCAUCAGUGCUUGGAAAGUCUGUCUUUGUUAAUUGGCCUCACCUUGAAGAAGCUAGAGUCGUUGCUGUAUCAGAUGGUGAAACUAAGUUUUACAUAGAAGAACCUCCAGGAACACAGAAGCUUUAUUUGGGGAGGACUGUGCCUCCAUCUAAAGUGAUCCAUCUUGGAGACAAAGAGCAAUCUAACUGGACAAAAGAAGUACAAGGAAUUUCAGAACAUUACCUGAGAAGAAAAGGAAUAAUAAUAAAUGAAACAUCUGCAGUUGUGUAUGCUCAGUUACUCACAGGCCGUAAAUAUCAAAUAAAUCAAAAUGGUGAAGUUCGCCUGGAGAAACAGUGGUCAAAACAAGUUCUUCCUUUUGUUUAUCAAACUAUUGUCAAGGAUAUCCGAGCUUUCGACUCUCGUUUCUCCAAUAUCAAAACACUGGAUGAUUUGUUUCCUCCUAGAAGUGUGGUAUUUAUGCUGGGAACUCCAUAUUAUGGCUGCACUGGAGAAGUUCAAGAUUCAAGUGAUGUGAUUACAGAAGGUAGGAUUCGUGUGGUUUUCAGCAUUCCGUGUGAGCCCAAUCUUGACGCUCUAAUACAGAACCAGCAUAAAUAUUCUAUAAAGUACAACCCAGGAUAUGUAUUGGCCAGUCGCCUUGGAGUGAGUGGAUACCUUGUUUCAAGGUUUACAGGAAGUAUUUUUAUUGGAAGAGGAUCUAGGAGAAACCCUCAUGGAGACCAUAAAGCAAAUGUGGGUUUAAACCUCAAAUUCAACAAGAAAAAUGAGGAGGUACCUGGAUAUACUAAGAAAGUUGGAAGUGAAUGGAUGUAUUCAUCUGCAGCAGAACAACUUCUUGCAGAGUACUUAGAGAGAGCACCAGAACUAUUUAGUUAUAUAGCCAAAAAUAGCCAAGAGGAUGUGUUCUAUGAAGAUGACAUUUGGCCUGGAGAAAAUGAGAAUGGUGCAGAGAAAGUUCAAGAAAUUAUUACUUGGCUAAAAGGACAUCCUGUCAGUACUUUGUCUCGUUCUUCUUGUGAUUUACAAAUUCUGGAUGCAGCUAUUGUUGAGAAAAUUGAGGAAGAAGUUGAAAAGUGCAAGCAAAGAAAGAAUAAUAAGAAGGUACGAGUGACAGUGAAGCCUCAUUUGCUGUACAGACCUUUAGAACAACAACAUGGAGUCAUUCCUGAUCGGGAUGCAGAAUUUCGUCUCUUUGACCGUGUUGUUAACGUGAGAGAGAACUUUUCAGUUCCAGUUGGCCUUCGGGGCACCAUCAUAGGAAUCAAAGGGGCUAAUAGAGAAGCUGAUGUACUGUUUGAAGUAUUAUUUGAUGAAGAAUUUCCUGGAGGCUUAACAAUAAGGUGCUCACCUGGUAGGGGUUAUCGACUGCCAACAAGUGCCUUGGUGAACCUUUCUCAUGGGAGUCGCUCUGAAACAGGGAAUCAGAAGUUGACAGCCAUUGUGAAACCACAGCCAGCCGCCAAUUACUGUAGCUCAAAUCCAUCAGUUUCCUCCUCGCAUUUGGGAGGCCUCACCCAUUCUCCUCAGUCCCUUUUUGUUCCUACUCAAGCACCUACUAAAGAUGAUGAUGAAUUUUGCAACAUUUGGCAGUCCUUACAAGGAUCUGGAAAAAUUCAACAGUUCCAGCCAACUAUACGAGAGAAGGGUGCAGUUCUACCUCAAGAAAUAAGUCAAGUAACUCAACAGCAUAAAGCUGGCUUUAAUGACAACAGUAUUAAAUACCAACAAAGAAAACAUGACCCUCACAGAAAAUUUAAGGAAGAGUGCAAGAGUCCUAAAGCUGAGUAUAGGUCACAAAAAUCCUCCAGUAAGCAGCCCAGCUCUGGAAUUGAGAACUUUCUGGCAUCCUUGAAUAUCGCCAGAGAAAACGAAGUACAGUCAUCCCAUCAUGGAGAACCUUCAAAUGAAGAGCAUCUGUCACCACAGUCAUUUGCUAUGAAGGGAACACGUAUGCUUAAAGAAAUUCUAAAAAUUGACGGUUCUGACACAAUGGACCAUAAGAAUGAAAUGAAAAAGUAUGGUAAUGAAGUCACUGUUUCCUCUAAUAAAAGAGAUGAAUAUGGACUGUCUUCACAACCUAAACAAAAUAAGAAAUUAGCAUCUUAUGUGAACAAGCCUUACAGUGCUAAUGAGUACCAUAAUGUUCCAUCUGUGGACAAUGUGUGUUGGCCUGUUCCUGGCCAGAUCCCUCCUGUGCCCACACCAGUAACUGAACUUUCUCGAAUUUGCUCCCUUGUUGGAAUGCCACAACCAGAUUUCUCCUUUCUGAGAACACCUCAGACAAUGACAGUUUGCCAGGUAAAAUUAUCUAAUGGCUUAUUGGUACACGGGCCACAGUGCCACUCUGAAAAUGAAGCCAAGGAGAAAGCUGCACUUUUUGCUUUACAGCAGUUGGGCUCCUUAGGAGUGAAUUUUCCUUUGCCUCCACCAAUAUUUCCAAAUUAUCCUCCUGCUGUACCAGCUGGAACCAUACCUCCAGUCUUUCCUCAACCUACUGCUAAUAUGAUACCUUCACCUCAUCUCUUUGGCUCAAUGCCAUGGGGACCACCAGUGCCAGUUCCUGGGAAGCCCUUCCAUCAUACGUCAUCUUCUGGGACCAUGCCCGUGGCCGGAGGAGGGCCAGGGGGUGUGCACAAUCAGUUCAUACCUCUGCAGGUUACCAAAAAAAGGGUCGCAAACAAAAAGAACUUUGAGAAUAAGGAGGCCCAGGGGGGUUCUUCUCAAGCCACCCCACUUCAGACUGGCAAGCAAGGCUCUUCUGAGGUCACCAGAGGGAUUCCACAGGACAGCUCAGCAGGCCCUCUGAAGUCCUCUCAGCUCGCUUCGCCUGCAUCUUUUCAAGUUGAAACUGCCUCCCAAGGCCAGAGUGUGUCUCGCCAGAAGCCAACACCAAGCUCUUCUUCAAGGAGAAAAUCAAGGAAACUGGCGGUCAAUUUUGGCAUUUCUAAACCUUCUGAAUAAAUUUGGUACUUGGGAAUUAAAAUAAUUUCUUUUAUUUCCAUCACCUUUUUAUAAAUCCAUAUCUAUAUCUCAUAAAUGUACUAUUUUAAAAUAAUAUGUUUGAAUACUUUUAAUUUUUAAGUCAUCAGGCACUUUUCAUGCUAUUUAAAAGACUAUAUAUCAAAUUGUGCACUUUAAAUAUGUGCAAUUUGUUGUACGUCAAUUAUACCUCAAUAAAGUUGUAAAAAGAAAAAAUACUAAGUUAAACUUUUUGUUAAAAUAAAUUUCAGUGGGCUAAGCAUUAAAAUGUACCACUCUAACCAUUGGCCUCCUCAUUAGAAGUUUCCUUGAACUCUGAAGUAGACAUCAUGUUAGCAAUAAUAAUAAAAAACAUCUUUUACACUGUCGUUGAGGGAUAAUUAAAUGGAGCAUGAAAAUUGGACCUAAAAUAUAAUUUCCUGGAUGUGGAUUUUAUUUCUCUUUUUAAUGAUGUAACAAAUUAUCAGGAGAAUGGCUCUUAUUUCUGUGUAUUGUAUUUAUGUGUUGUUAUCUCUGAGGGUCAUUUAGACCUGCCGUGAAGUGAUCACACUGGCUGUGGUGCUGACAGUUUAACUUUAUUCUAAAUUUUGUACCAAAGCAACUGUAGAGUACUAAUCAAAAUAUUUCAUCCAUCUGCAUAGAACUAUAAAUAGCAAUCUAAAUUUAAGUAAUAAUUAGAAUUUUUUAGAUUAUUCAAGAACCAGCAUUAGUCAUUUUUAAUAAAAUUAAAUUUUGAAAUCUACAGGGUACAAAGACUACAAAUUACUCUUCUAAUAGAACGAAGUAAAAAAUAUUAAUCAUGUUGUUAAAUUGUGUUAUUCUUACCUAUAGCUUUUUAUUUGCUCACUUAACAUGUAUGAGAGCCCAUUGUUCCAUGUGUAGUGCUUUCUGGAACCGAUGGAAUUCUGAACUCUCAAUUCCGAGGUGUGCUGUAGAACAGACAUGAUCGUCAGUCUGUGAUGUGCGCGGUUUAACGUUCUAGUUCUGCCCUUGAGCUUUAUGCUCAGCUGGUCAGUGAUACUGGCAUUGUCUUUGCAUGUCACGUGUGGAUGUGUGUUGUUCAAACCAUUGAAAUGAUUUAGAAUUCAUGAAAAUUUCUCAGUAGUACCAGGGCCUGGUUUAUAUCUCCUUCUAUAUAUGUAUAUAUAUUUAUCCUUUAGUUUUUGUGAUAUGCUUAUAUUUUUAAGGAAGAAAGUUAUCAUACUUUUUUAAAAGUGGGAGCCACAGUCUUUAUAUGGAGCUGCUUAUUAUCAUAUCUGAUUUCAUUUAGCUCAUCAAAAACUCUGUCAUGAGUCUCAAAGUCAUGUUUUGUAAAAUGCUGGUGUUGAACUAAACAAAUUCCUUUUUCUAAUGGCUGAUUUUAAUGUGUCUCUAAAUGUUAGCAGGAUAUUUGUGUAUUAGUAGUGCCUUUAGUAUCAAAAUAAGUGGUCUGAAUCUGUCAUGUAUUAUGGUCAUAUGAGUGUCUAAUUUUUCUUUUCUUUCAUUUUCCUGGGCCCCGAUGUUUGUCCACAGUUCCCAACAUUUCCAUGUCUCUGUCUGUAAUGAGGCUCAAGUAGUUCUCAGUGUUUAUCUUUAUUGCCUCACACUUCUCCCUUUGCUUGAAAAUGAGACAGUUAUUAUGGGGUUACAAGGGAAAAAGUUAGAUUGUGACAAUAAUGUUAGGUCGCCCUCUUCCUACUUCUGAGUGUAAUGUCUGUGACCUCACCAAACUGUACAAACUCCAGCAUUCAAGAACUGCCUCGCUCAUCACUCCUGUGUGGCAGUUCUGUCAACAGUGUGAGGCCCACAUCUGUCUGAAGCUCAGAGAAGGGAGCAAAGACCAUCUUCUGAAAAUGCCCAAGAGAAAUUUUAGUACACAUAGUGCCACUGAAUCCAGGGGGACACUUAAUGCAGUGUUUACCAGCAAGCUAAUUAGGACUAGCCAGUGAAAGUUCUUUUCCUGCCUUUUUUAAAUGAAUUUUUUCUAAAGGUCAAGGCUGAAGAGAAUGGAGCGCUCCAUGAUGACUGGACAGUGGUCAGGUAUUCUCUCUUCUUUCCCUUGUGCACCUACCCAGGUGUGAGCUUGAGAUCCACGGAAGACGUGCAUGGUGGUCAUGAGACAUCAGGGGGCAGGAUCCACUGAUGGCCACGUCUGGUGGGGUCCAGUGCCUCUGGAAAACAAGUGGACUUUGAGAAACAAAAUUUUUCCCUUUAGGGUGGAAUGGACCAGGAUCGCCCCAAAUAUGUGCUCAUCAAACUGUUGGACUUCUUGUGGAAAUAGUGCACCACGAGGGCACAGAAGGGACAGACUCGCAGAUUGCUUCGAGUUUCCACAUAACUAGAGGACUUUAAUCUAUUUAAAUCUUUCUCUCCUUGAAAUAUUAUUUCUAAAUAUCCUUAACAAUUCACUGUUUAGCAAAUUAAGUGGAUGCUGAAGGUCGAUUUCUUCAGUCUCGCUGAUCCUUUUCACAAUUUCUUGCAUCACCUAGUCGUUACCUUGUUUUCAUACUUUGACAGAUAAAGUGUAUUGAUUUAAAUAUCAUGCAUACUUCAGUCUUUGAUGUACAAGACUCAGUUGCAUGAAAAAUUACAUUUGCCUGUAUUACAUCUUAGUUUCUUUUAAGAUUUUUCAGGGCUGGGGAUGUGGCUCAGUGGUGAAGCACUUGUCUAGCAUGUGUGAGGUCCUGAGUUCAAUCCCUAGCACCACCAAAAAGAAAAAAGAAAAACAAUUUUGCUUGCUUUUUAAACAGGUAAGUAGGAAAGAUUAGAGCUGUGGGUUUUUCCCUCUAUUGAUUGAAGGGAUGAAAAACCAUCGAUGCAAGUGUUUUUUGUUUUUGUUUUUGUUUUUUUAAAUUUUAUUUGCUGUGAUCAGGUACUCGCUCUGGUUUUAGACCAUCUCCAUUCUUAGUUUUAAGGGGAGGAGGUGGUCAGAAGGGAAACUAUGGGUAAGAAGUCCAUCAGUGUUUUUUCUAGCUCAAGGGAUUAGGGUCAAGUUGUGGGGUCUUUUUAUGCACUCCUUUUUGAAUCACCUGUACUAACAAACCCAUGAAUUUUUCAUGCUGGCGGUUGAUUUUACCUUACAGGAGGUGGAUGGGGGUGUGCAGAACUCCACUGAAGUUAGUUCUUCCAUGCUCCUUCAAAGCAUAAAAAGUAACCAGGCUUGUUAGAUUUUGAGGUGGGCUUGCUGUAUUUCUUUGUACUAUCUUGCUUCCAAGUUGUAUUUUUACUGUAGUUGUAUUUUUACUGGAGAUAAUUAAUUUAUUAGAGAGUAAUUGCCGCGAAAGACGUUCUCUGUCUUUAAAAAGAAAUCACCAUAGAAGUUCGUUGUCGUUUUUCUGGAGACAGUGAAUAGUACAUUCUCUAAGCUUUGUCAGUGAAUCAGUCUUUUUUUGCAGGCUCUCCCUUGGAUUAUCAGAAGAAAGCUUAAAAUUCUAAAAGUGCACUUUUUUCACACUGACUUAAUUCAUACUUUAAUCACUGUCCUCCGUCUGCCAGGAAGCUGUAGGAGACAGUCAGAACAGUACCAGGUUUCCAGCCACAGGACAGGUCAGAUAGGCAGGCCCCAAAGUCACUGCUAGCUUAGGGAGUCAGCGACUCAGACAUCAGACCUUCUUUCAGAAAGGGGGAAAAUGUAUAAAAUAGUUUUAGUGCUCAAGGACAUCAACCCAUAGCUGCUUUUGUGUUUGUGUGUCUGUGUGAGUGUGUGUGUGUCCCAGUGAACCAUUAAUAACGCCUUGCUCAAUCAGUGCAUUCAGCCAUCUCAAGUGCAAUUGGUCAGGGAGACUGUGGUUUCCAAUAGGUAUGUUUUUUACAUAGUUCAACCUGUAAAAAUUAUUUUUUCCCACAGUACACCAUUAUUAUUGAUUAUUCAGCAGUUAGUAUAUACUAUUAAGUUUUCCAGGCCAAAUAAGUAAGUUUCUUUAGCUGUUUUAGUAAUUUGAAACCAAAUUCUCAGUGUUUCUCAUGAAAUGAAAGAAGUGAGAAUUUGGUCCACAGUUUGCUUUAAGUUCUUUUCUUUCUUUCCCUUCCAGUUAAGGGGUGUUUAGUGUUCGUAUUUUUUGGAUUUUAUUUAUUUUAUUUCCUUUUGCCUGCAUCAAAUUGCUUGAGUGUUUUCAACUGUUUUGAUAUAUGAAUAAUAGAUGGUGUGCUGUGUCAUCAGAGUACUCAACAUUUUGUUCCUUUAAACAAUAUAAUUAAGUGUAAUUCAUACAUAUAUACAUAAAAAUCUUGAUUCAUUUCUUUUCUCACAUAACUAUUUUAUAAGUAACUGGAAUUUUUUCAUUAGAUCUUAUACAGAGCAGUAUUUUAUUAAAAAUUCAAAAGGGAAGACUUUUAUGUGCUCAUUUUGUAGUUUUUGUUUUUUAAAUAUCUUUACAUUGUCUGCCAAUUAAAGUGUUUUUAACUUGCAUUGGAAUGGACUCCGAAUGUAUUUUUGUGUUGUUAAGUUGUACAUUUGUAAAUUUGUAGCAUGAAGUUAGCCUCAAAAUGCUGUGCAAAGGAAUUUUAAAAUAUAAGAUUCACUGAGAGGGUUUAAACAUCUAUACAUGUUAAAUGCUGUAUGGAUUUUAAUUAAAAAUUUAAGAAUGAUUUUAUAAGGUGUUUGUUCUUCUGUG